GAUUUUCCACCCGUUGACCACCAACCUUUGAAACCGCAUUGGCAAGGAUUCAAACAAACGUAGAUGACCAACAUUACACUGCAGUCGACUUGUAGAAGAUACAGAAUGGCAUCCCAAGGCUGUAUAGGUCUCAUCAAAUAUUUCCUAUUUCUUUUCAAUCUCCUUUUUUUCUGUGCGGGCGCCCUCCUGCUGUCACUUGGGAUAUGGAUAGUCCUUGCUGAGACAAGCUUCUUCAUGCCUGCCCCUCCCUAUAUGUCUUUUUCUGUCUUCUCCUAUUUUCUGGUCAUUGGUGGAAGUGCGACGAUGUCGUUGGGCUUCAUCGGGUGUCUGGGUGCAUUGAAGGAGGUGAAAUGCAUGUUAGGAAUGUAUUUCUUCCUGCUCUCCAUCCUUCUUGCUGCUCAGAUUGUGGGAGCGGCUCUGCUCUUCACUCAGAGGACUUCACUUGAGAGCAAAGUCGAAGAGCAUGUCCUGCAUCUCAUUGCAUCAUUUGGCAAGAACGAAUCCAACUAUCUGAAUUUGGAAAAGACUCUGGACUACGUGCAGCAGGAGAUUCAUUGUUGUGGAUGGACAGGACCAAGCAUCUGGUUGGAGGCACCCUGCUCCUGUUACCACCCCAUCAAUAACACCCAGAAUGCCUCAAAUUCUUCUGAAAUGUGUGACUGCAAUGACAUCCGGUCUUUUUCAAAUUACACAAUGUGUGACAUCUAUCAAAAAGGGUGCAGAGAGAGUAUUAGAGAGUGGUUGGACGAGAAUAUGCUCAUUAUUUUUGCCGUGCUACUUGCUGUGAUGACGGUGGAGUGUCUCCAAUGGGUGUGUCUCCUGGUUCUUUGUUGUUUGAGUUGUACUCCAUGUCCAUGUUGUCAUCCCUCAAAGACUGAAGGCAGGCACUUUCAACUUUCCAGCUAUGUGGUAUGACCCUUUCGAUGUGUCUGUAUAGAUGGACCGGCCUGGAUUACAGCAUGCUGAUGCAAUACUCAUAAAGUAGGACAGAGUGCUGCAUAAACAUCUAUGAAGAAUAUAAUUGGUUUUCCUAUGUUUAUAAAGAGAAAUAAAAAAUGCAUAGUUGUAUUAAUCAUUGUUAAAAUUUGAGUAAACUUAUUAAUUGAUUGUGUAACGUCCUGACCAGAGUUCGUAUGUGUUUUGCUUGUUUAGUGUUGGUCAGGACGUGAGCUGGGUGGGAAUUCUAUGUUGUGUGUCUAGU